ACUUGCAUUUUCUAAAGUCUUUUUAACAGGAAAUCAGAUUUGAUCGCAAGAAAAUAUUUUUGCAUAAAGAAAAAUUGUUUUCUUUUUCUUUUUCAAAAAUUGAUUAAUGGGGUGAGAUCUGUAAGCGACAUUAACGUCACUUGCGGAAAGCUGCGGUCCUAAAUCCCUCAUUUCAUAUACAAUUGAAACAGACCAACAUUUACAUCUCACAUUAUUCUAUUAAUUUUUUAACAUUCAAUUAAUUUUGAUAUUGAUUUGAUUUAUUAUUGUUACCCAUUGAAGAAAAUCUAUUUUCCCCUCCAAUUUUAAGGUUUUCCCGGCAUUUUCCUUGCUGCGCAACCAAACAGGGCACUAAAUUUCAGGGAGAGAAAGUUUUGAAUGAGGAGUUAAUGGGUGGAGCAGGGUCCAAGCUUGAAAAAGCUCUUGGAGAACAAUUUCCUGAGGGUGAACAUUAUUUUGGUCUUGAAAAUUUUGGCAAUACUUGUUAUUGUAACAGUGUUUUACAGGCACUUUAUUUUUGUGUUCCAUUUCGUGAGCAGUUACUAGAAUACUACUCAAAUAGCAAAAAUACUGUAGAUGCAGAGGAGAAUCUCUUGACAUGCUUGGCUGAUCUCUUUACUCAGAUAAGUUCUCAAAAGAAGAAAACAGGGGUCAUUGCUCCAAAGCGUUUUGUCCAGAGGUUGAAGAAGCAGAAUGAGCUUUUCCGCAGCUAUAUGCACCAGGAUGCCCACGAGUUCUUGAAUUUUUUGCUGAAUGAACUUGUUGACUUAUUGGAGAAGGAGACCGAGGCUGCGAAAAGGGGCCAAGUAACUUUGCCCUCUGAAGAAGUUGCUAAUGGACCAACUACCGCUCUAGUCAAUGCCUCUCAGAAAGAACCUUUGGUUACUUGGGUACACAAAAAUUUUCAGGGAAUUCUCACAAACGAGACAAGAUGCUUAUGGUGUGAGACCGUCUCAGCAAGGGAUGAAACCUUUUUUGACUUGAGCCUUGAUAUUGAGCAGAAUAGUUCAAUUACAAGCUGUCUGAAGAAUUUUAGUUCCACCGAGACUUUAAAUGCUGAGGACAAAUUUUUCUGUGAUAAAUGCUGCAGUUUGCAGGAAGCACAGAAGAGGAUGAAGAUCAAGCGACCACCCCACAUCCUAGUUAUUCAUUUGAAACGGUUCAAGUACAUCGAACAGCUGGGUCGCUACAAGAAACUAUCCUACCGAGUCGUCUUUCCUCUUGAGCUUAAACUGAGCGACACUGUUGAAGAUUCAGAUAGAGAAUACUCCUUGUUUGCUGUCGUUGUGCAUGUCGGUAGUGGCCCAAAUCACGGACACUAUGUUAGCCUAGUCAAAAGUCAUAAUCACUGGUUAUAUUUCGAUGAUGAGAAUGUGGAGAUGAUCGACGAGUCUGCGGUUCAGACAUACUUCGGGUCAUCACAGGAGUACUCGAGCAAUACAGAUCAUGGGUACAUUUUGUUUUACGAGUCCCUUGGUCAAAGCAACAUUAGCUAGGUAGACUAUCCUAGUUUUUUUUGUAAACCCAAUUUUGAUACAUUUUGAUUUUUAAAACCCUACUCAGAUGGAAACCUUUCAUUAACAUCGAACUAUUAGGGUAAAGGAAUGUUGUUGUUCAUCGUCAUCCAUUAACUGUCGGGUGAGGCAGCGUGUUCGGUUGUGUUGUUGACGUCAUUGGAACAUUGAAGACCGUUUUGAUGAUGUUGAUGAGAAACAAAAGAAUAGAAGUGUAUAUGAUGAUGCUCAAAAUUCUUUACAUUUUCUUGUAACCUUGGUUAAGCCAACUUUCUAUAGCAGUUCAAACAAUCUUGUUGGAAGUAGACAAAUCUCAUUGUUGUGUAGACUUAGCUCACCCUGUUUUCCGCUCACAUUGUGGACAUAUCCUUCGGUUUUCAUCUUCGUGUUACAACAAUAACCGCAACAACAAACCGAGCUAUGUGGAUCUUUUACCCCUCGUAUUUUACUUAAAACAAAAAAUUGAGGAGCCAUGGCGUAGUUUACUUGAAACAUUCAGCAUUUUUUCACCAGUUUUCUUAUGAAAGUUAGUAGAAUGAUGAUUAAUGGUGGAGUAUGGGCACUCUCAGGGCUGUUACUACGUCCACCAUUGAUUCCGAUGACAAGUUACAUGUCUUUGGGGGUAGAUGAUGUAGCCACAUUAGAUAACGGUGAAUGUUUGCUGAAAACUCUCAAAGAAUCUCGUAAAAUGUCGGUGAAAGGCAAUGAAUCUAACAAAUAAAUUUGAGCAAC